GCAUUCUGGGACAUGUUGUUAUUAGGAACGUGCUUGUAGUUUCUAGAACUUUGGAAGCUUGAUCUAUUUUUGAAAACAUUGAGACUGCCGGAGGAAAUUAUCAAGCAGAAAGGAUUAUAGAGUCGUUGAUUUGGCCAUGUGCAACUGAUCCAAGUGAAAUCACUUGUCAGAAAUUCCCUUUUAGUAGCCUAGAGUUCGAAGGGAAAAAUUUAGUCUUUUUUUACUCAAAAACGGAUAUUCUUAUAAUGUUAUGAAUAAGUACGAAGUAAUAGAUGUUGUUGGCGAAGAUCGAUUUAUUGAAUGCUCACAAGAAUUUCUUCUAACAGGUGCUUAUGGAGUAGUGCUCAAGUGUAAACACAAAGAAACUAGCGAAUACGUUGCUAUAAAAAAGUUCAAGGAUAGCGAAGACAAUGAUGACGUUAAAAGAACAACUAUGCGUGAACUACGCAUGCUUAGGGAUCUUAGACAAGAGAAUAUUGUCGUCCUCAUAGAAGCGUUCAGGAGAAAAGGCAAAUUAUAUCUGGUUUUCGAAUACGUUGAGAGGAAUAUGCUGGAAAUGCUUGAAGAAAUGCCCAAUGGCGUACCUUCGGAAAAAUCCCGCAGCUAUGUAUAUCAAUUAUGUAAAGCUAUUUAUUGGUGUCAUACUCACGAAGUGAUUCACAGAGAUGUCAAGCCGGAAAAUUUGCUAAUUAGUAAGGAUGACGUUCUGAAAUUGUGUGAUUUUGGGUUUGCAAGAUCAUUAAGUAGCAAAGGUGAUGCUAAAUAUACAGAUUACGUUGCUACUCGCUGGUACAGAUCUCCUGAAUUGCUUUUAGGUGCUGCUUAUGGAAAAUCGGUCGAUGUGUGGGCGAUUGGUUGUAUUUUGGGAGAGCUAAGCGAUGGACACCCACUUUUUCAGGGUGAUACAGAAAUAGAUAUGUUAUAUAUCAUACAAAAAAUAUUAGGACCAUUACCACGUGAUCAAAUGAAUAUGUUCUAUUCGAAUCCGAGGUUUUCCGGUCUGAAGUUUCCGAUGGCUAACAAACCUUUAACUUUAGAAAGGCGAUAUCAGGGAAUAUUGAGUAGCGUUUUUGUCGAUUUUAUGAAGCAAUGUUUGCAACUGUCGCCUGCCGAUCGAUCAACGAUAGAAAUGUGCCUUACACAUCCGGCCUUUCAAACCGAACGGAUUAUCGACAAAAAUGGAAUUGCUAAUAAACUACUCGAUAAGCAGCGUAAAGAGCAGAUGAACAAAUAUAAGCAGGAAAAGGAGGAGAAUGUAGAAAGAAGUUAUUCCCAACAGCAACAUCACCAUUAUAAUGAUAAUGUUAGGAGAACCAAAUCUAGGCAAAAGAUGAUUGACUUAGAAAUGAAUCAUGCCAAUGCCGCCAAAAGUCGUCGUUCUUCAGUUGAUGAAGAUGAAAAGGAUGAUAAGAAACAUUUAAUAGAGUUACCAAAUGGAGAUAAUAGACCAAAAUCCAUAAACGAUCGAGACACGGAAAAGGAUUUGAAUGAAAAGGAAGAGAGCAUUCGUGCCAAAUCCAAAUACAUUAAGAGAAAAUCCUCAAUGAAGGAGAAUAGAUCUGAAUCAAGGAUGACUACUAAAUCGGAAGUUGAGGAUAUAGAAGAGAAGCGAGCUUAUGACAUUGAAAAAAGAAAGCGAACAGAGACGGAAGACGAUAGACAUACGCCUAAACCCUCAAUUGAUUUUCCAAACAAAAGAAUAGUUAAACCAAGUUCGACUUAUACAAUUAAUAUUACUGCUACCCCAGUUUCGAAAUCAAAAAUUGACUCGAAACGUCAUGCAGCUCCUAAAUUGAUGUCUGAAAAUAGACGUCCCAAAGACGAUCUCAGAGCAACAACAGUUACUAUGCAAGGUGAUAGUCCGCCAGAAACGCCCUUAGUUACGCACGAUACACGAGUAAACAAAUUCCUAAAUCAAGCCCAUCAAGAAGAAUUAUCUAGAAUACAGUCAAAUGUUAGAAAAAAGAAUAGGGACACCUCGGCUCAAAACAAACUCAUUGCGGAAAGAUUGGCCGACAAACAACCAGAAGGUCAAAUUGGAUUUAGGCAUAUGAAAUCGUUUCAGCCUCCUCACCACAUGAACCAUGUCACCCGAGCCAAAACCCAAUUUUUCGACUAUUUUACAGAUUUGACAAUAAGAGAAGGUGCGUCUAGUCGAGGACCAUCUCGUUUUCAUCAACAGCCCAAUCAUGAUUCCCUACAAGCUUCUCAAUUACAAAACGUCCAAUCCUUGUGGCGACCUAAUGAGUCUAUGGCAAUGAAAGAAAAAAGAAAAAAGAAGAAAAAGAAGAACUUUUUACAACAACAAGGAGAAUUAAUGUUUCGAGAUCCUGAUCGCAAUCAGGGAACAUCUCAUUUGCGUAAAUUAACUCAAACACCAGUGGAAAAACGUUUGCAACCUUUAAACUUAAAUCAGCAUACAAACACUACACCUCGCCACUUUGAUUCUAACAGAGCAGUUUCGCCGUUAAAUUUAACUGCUUUAGAUGAUGAUACGCACAUUUCAGCAACUAAUUCUAGUCGGGAUAUUCGUCUCGUUCGCCGACGUUCGAAAAAGGAUAUGUGGAGAGAGUAA